AUGGAGCGCGAUACCUCAGCCCACGCUAAAGCCACUCCCAUGCCCAGCACACCUAUCGGUAGCAGCAAAUUGCUAGCUCGCACCGAGACCGCGCUGGCCGCCAAGAGCACAGGGACACCGAGCAGGUUGGCCGCCAAGCAGGCGCCUUCGUCCACAGAGACAGAACAAGGCACAGGUACUCUUGUCGCUGCCAACGCCGACCCGCCCGCACACCGUGCUGGCAGUCCCGAUGUGUCAGCCAUUACUGCGGUAAAGCUACCGCCUUACUACGCGAGCGACCCACAAGUCUGGUUCGGCGUGGUGGAAAGUUUGUUCCGGACUAGGAAUAUCAGCAGGCAGUCCACGAAAUUCCACCAUGUCAUCAGCAGUUUGAGCGCUGAUUUCGCCACUGAGGUACGCGACCUCAUCCUCAACCCGCCAGAGGAUGCACCGUUUGACCAGCUGAAAGCUCGCUUGAUACAGCGUACGCAGCUGAGUGAGCAGCGCCGCAUACGCCUGCUCCUCUCCGAAGAAGAAUUGGGUGACAGGAAGCCCACACAGCUGUUGCGGCGGAUGCAACAACUCCUGGACGACCACACAAUGGACGACGGACUGUUCCGCGAGUUGUUCAUCCAGCGGCUGCCAGAGAAAGCCCGCCUGAUCCUCGCGUCAAGCUCAGAGGCACUGCCCCUGGAGGAUCUGGCCACCAUGGCCGACCGGAUUUUGGCAGUUUCGCCCGAAGCGAACGCAAUCAUGGCUCUUCGUCCCGCCGCAGCAAGUAUGCCGGACAGUACUGUGGCACGCCUGGAGCGGCAAAUUGCUGAACUGACUGCAGCAGUGUCCGCCCUUGCUGAGCCUCGUUUCCGUGGUCGUUCUACAAGUAGGAGCAGCACACCUUCGCACUCCCGGUCCAGCACACCAACACGUGACGUGUGCUUUUAUCACCACCGAUUCGGCGAUCGUGCUCGCCAUUGCCGGAGCCCCUGCUCUUUCAAGCGGCAGGAAAACGCGCAGGCCAGCAAGUAG